UCAAUUUUAUUUGACAAGAUCCUACGAGUUAAUUUUAAACGGUUCAAUCAACUGUCAGUCGGUUUAAUCAUUAAGUUGGUCGAUUGGUUCACAAUUAAUCGACCAGUUAGACACAAGUGGGUCUCAAUAGUAAAAUCCCAAUUGGUAUAUGUCAAAUUUAUUUGAUCAGAUCACACUAGUAAAACUUUAAACGGUUCAACCGAUAAUUAGUCGGUUUAAUCCUGAAGUUGGGCGAUUGGUUCAAUUAUUAGGCCAGUUAGACGCCUGAUCAUCCCUACGAAGUUGGGUCGGGUUAAUUGGGACAAAUCGUGUUGCGAUUGAAGCAGAGUUUUGGUUUUCGAGGAUCCUCUCCUGUUUUUGGUACUCAACCUGAGUUUUGAAGUUUCUCGUCUUGCGUUUGAGUGUGUUUCUCUAACUCAAUUGUUCAGAUUCCAUUGUCUCACUUAGUCAAGAUCUCUUUUUCAUGUUUCCGAUGGAUUGGACGAUUGGAAAAAGAAUCAAAACAAGGAACAAAGAGCGUCUUCAUGUGGUGAAGAAGCGGAAGAAGACUGAGGACGAAACCACUUCUCGCCGAAGGCGGAGAAGACCAAUUGACGCUGACUCCGACAUCGAGGAUAUCACAGAAGCUUACCAUGCUGCUGCUCAAGUAAAUUCCUCUGGUGUAAGAACUGGUUCUGAACAGAACACUGAGACUUUGUUUAGAGAUUUAGAUCAAUCAGUUCCGGGAUCAUGUGGUUUAACCAUCAAAGAAAAGUCCUCUGAUGAGAUUUUGGGUUUGGAUGUGAGCAAAUCAGUUCCGACUCUCUCUUUAGAAACUAUCAAGGAGAAGUUAUCUGAUGGGACUUUUGAGUUAGAUUUGGGCAAACCAAUUCCGGUGUCCUCUGGGUUAGGUAUGAAAGAGAAUUCAUCUGAUGAGAAUGUAGAUUUUGAUGUGGGCAAUUCAGUUCCGACAUCCUCUGCGCAAACUAUCAAAGAGAAGUUGUCUGAUGGAAUCUUGGAUUUGAUUGUGGAAAAACCAGUUUCCGUCUCCUCUGGGUUAGCUAUGAAAGAGAAGUCAUCUGAUGAGAAUGUAGAUUUUGAUGUGGGCAAUUCAGUUCCGACAUUCUCUGCGCAAACUAUCAAGGAGAAGUUGUCUGAUGAAACCUUGGAUUUGAUUGUGGAAAAACCAGUUCCGGUCUCCUCUGGGUUAGCUAUAAAAGAGAAGUCAUCUGAUGAGAAUGUAGAUUUCGAUGUAGGCAAUUCAGUUCCGACAUCCUCUACGCAAACUAUCAAGAAGAAUAUGUCUGAUAGGACUUUUGAGUUGGAUUGGGGCAAACUAGUUCCAGUCUCCUCUGGGUUAGCUAUGCAAGAGAAGUCAUCUGAUGAAAAUGUAGAUUUGGAUGUAGGCAAUUCAGUUUUGCCAUCCUCUGUGCAAACUAUCAAGGAGAAUUUGUCUGAUGGGAUUGUGGAUUUGGUUGUGGACAAACCAGUUCUUAGCUCCUCUAGUUUAAGUAUCAAGGAGAAGUUAUCUGAUGGGAUUUUGGAUUUGGAUGUUGACAAACCAGUUCCGAUCUCUUCUAGGUUUAGCCAUGGUUCAGAACAGAACACAUGUGUGAAGGAGAAGUGUUCUUCAAGUUUGGAAAUGAAAAAACCAUUUCCUAAUGAAAUAGAGAUCAUUUCAGAUUCUGAGUCUGAAACCAAAGCGAGGAAGCUUUUUGAGGAAGGAAGCAGAGUCUUAGACUCCACCAGUGAAGACAAAGAUGGCGAAAGUGAGAGCGAGGAAGAGGAAGAAAGAAGUGAAGAUAGUGAAUACAAUAACACCAAAGAUGAGAUAAUGGUGGAAUCUUUGUCUUCAUCGUCAUCAUCAUCUUCAUCUUUCUCCUCUAGUGAUGAUGAAUCCAACAUAAAGGAGGUAGUUGGAGACACAGAUGAUGAUAAUUUGAGAAGGGGUUGUACACCAGUCAAGAAAGUGUCUAAAGUUGGAAGGAAGCCUUUGGGAAGGUAUAAAAAGACUGGUUCUUGCUCAACCAAGCCUAGAAAACAUAACACUAAUAUUCAGAAACCAAACCACCGAGACGAAGAAGAGAAAUUUCAAACCAAUCUUAGAAAAGAGGAAAAGAAGAUUCAGAAGUUAGACCUUCGAGAAAAAAAAGAACGACAAGAAAGAGUAACAAAGCAGUGUAACAAUCCAAUGUUCAUUUGUACUCACUGUGGCAAAGAGAACACAGAAAUUCUUGAUUCACACAGCUCUUUCACCAGACGACAUGCUACAACAAAAGCUGAAGACGAUGAUUUAUCAAAGUAUGAAGAUUCUGUUGCUAUCAACUUUGCGAAUACACUUGAGAGGCCAUCCGCAUCCAUACCAGAUAUUGUGAAUUCAGAGAAAGCAAAAGAGGUCGGAGCACCUGAAAAGCCAUCAAGACCUGAAAUACAGAGUUUACUGACACAAAAAGAUUUACAAACCAACAACAUCGUGGGGUCGAGUAUGCCAACAGUUGCAGAAGGAUUAAAUACGUUUACUUUUCCUAAUGAACCAAUUGAUAAUGAGUCUGCUUCUUAUAUCAGCUCUGGAGAUGAAUCUGGAUAUGAAUCUGAGCCUUCACUAAAAGACAAAGAGGUCAAGUCUAAUAACAACUCGGGGUGGAGAAUGAUGGAUGGAAGCCAUAAAGAAGUUGAUCUUUUCAGGCUUCUUGUAAACUCUGUUUGGGAUAAAGAUCGAUUAGGUGAAGAAGAGGAAGAAGGAGAAGACAAACUGGUUUCUUCACCUGAAGACCAAUCUGAAGAACAAGAUCAAAGAAAAUAUGAUAAAGAUGGACUUCUGAUCAUUAGGCCACCACCAUUGAUAAUGAGAUUUGGUGUAGAGGAACCUCAAUCACCAUCUGAGAUUUCUGAGUCGGAUAAAGAGGAAGCUAGGUUGUGGGAAGAUAUGGCGUUUUACAGCAAAACAAACAACAUUGGCAUCCAGCCUCAUUCAGAGAUUGAGAAAGAAAUAUCAACUGAUGAAACACCAGCAGCAUGUUGUAAAAAAGGAAAUCACGAAUUGUGUCUAGAUCUUGAGAUCGGUUUAAAGUGUAUGCAUUGUGGCUUUGUGGAGAGAGAGAUCCGAAGCAUUGAUGCAUCUGAAUGGGGAGAAAAGAACACAAGUGGAAGGAGAAAGGUUGAUAGAUCUGAAGAGGAUGGAACUAGCAGCUUCAUUGGGACACUUGACUUUGAAGCUCCUAGCAAGAACAACUCAAAUGAUGGAUGUGUUUCUACUGAAGGAACUGUUUGGGAUAAGAUUCCAGGGAUCAAAUCUCAAAUGUAUCCUCACCAGCAAGAGGGUUUUGAGUUUAUCUGGAGGAACUUAGCUGGUACUAUUGUGUUGAACGAGCUCAAAAAAUUUGAGAACAGCGAUGAAACCGGAGGAUGCAUCAUGUCACAUGCUCCCGGGACAGGGAAAACUCGUCUGACCAUUAUUUUCCUUCAAGCUUACUUGGAAUGCUUCCCUAAUUGCAAACCAGUGAUCAUUGCUCCUGCAAGCUUGCUUCUCACAUGGGCAGAGGAGUUUAAGAAAUGGAACAUAAGCAUUCCCUUUCAUAAUCUUAGCAGUUUGGAUUUCACUGGCAAAGAGAACCCGGCGGCGUUGAGACUUAUGAUGCAAAAGAAUUCGAGUGCGAGAAGCAAUAAUGAGAUAAGGAUGGUGAAGAUAUACUCUUGGAUAAAAUCGAAGAGCAUACUUGGGAUUAGCUACAACCUCUAUGAGAAACUUGCAGGAGUUAAAGACGAGGACAAAAAGACUAAGACAAUGAGACUAGACAAAGAAUUAGAGGAUAUCAGAGAAAUACUUAUGGGGAUGCCUGGAAUGCUGGUUCUUGACGAGGCACACACGCCUCGGAACCAGAGAAGUUGUAUAUGGAAAACACUAUCCAAAGUGGAAACACAGAAACGUAUUUUGCUUUCUGGAACACCUUUCCAGAAUAACUUCCAAGAGUUGUGCAAUGUUUUGGGACUUGCAAGGCCUAAGUAUCUGGAGAGGCUCACAUCCACACUCAAGAAGAGUGGGAUGACUGUAACGAAAAGAGGAAAAAGAGCUUUGGGAAACGAAAUCAACAACCGAGGGAUCGAAGAACUUAAGACUGUUAUGCUUCCAUUUGUGCAUGUUCAUAAAGGAAGCAUUCUUCAGAAAAGCCUCCCUGGUUUGAGAGAAUGUGUUGUGGUGUUAAACCCACCUGAGCUGCAGAAAAGAGUCUUAGAAUCCAUAGAAGUCACCCAUAACCAGAAAACAAAAAAUGUGUUUGAAACCGAACACAAGCUAUCUCUAGUCUCAGUCCAUCCUUCUCUUGUCUCUUGCUGCAAACUGACUGGGAAAGAACGUUUGACCAUUGACGAGGCUUUGCUUGCACAACUAAAGAAGGUAAGAUUUGAUCCAAACCAAAGUGUGAAAACAAGAUUCCUCAUGGAGUUCAUCAAGUUGUGCGAAGUGAUAAAUGAGAAAGUGCUGGUCUUCAGCCAAUACAUUGACCCUUUAAAGCUGAUAAUGAAACAUCUGGUCUCUCGGUUCAAAUGGAUUGAAGGGGAGGAAGUGUUGUACAUGCACGGAAAACUCGAGCAAAAACAAAGACAAACAUUGAUCAACGAAUUCAAUGAUCCCAAAUCCAAGGCCAAAGUGUUGUUAGCUUCAACAAAAGCAUGUUCUGAAGGGAUCAAUCUGGUAGGAGCAUCAAGGGUGAUUCUUCUGGAUGUUGUAUGGAAUCCGGCAGUCGAAAGACAAGCUAUAAGCCGUGCUUACAGGAUCGGGCAGAAGCGGAUUGUUUAUACGUAUCACUUGGUUGCAAAAGGAACUCCUGAAGGACCAAAGUACUGUAAGCAAGCACAAAAGGAUAGAAUCUCAGAGCUGGUUUUUGCAUGUUCUUCGAGACAUGACAAGGGCAAAGAAAAGAUUGUUGAAGCUGUGACAGAGGACAAAGUGUUGGACACUAUGGUGCAGAAUCUGAAGCUUGGGGAUAUGUUUGACAACCUUAUUGUCCAACCAAAGGAAGCAGAUUUAGUUGACGGUUUCAGCAUACUUAUGCCUUGAUGAGGCAUCCCCAAACACUUUGGCUUCAUCUCUUCCUAUCAUAUCAUAUGCUAUUUCAUCUUUAAGACUUAUUAUUUUGCUUUUGUGGAAUGCUUUUUGUGUAUCUUUAUCCUCAAAAAAAAAACUUUGCUUUUAUUUCAAUUUUACAUUGUCUGCUAUGAACUUUGACUUUUGUAG